UGAACAUGACCACUGACAUCACCCACACUGUUCAGUCACCGGAGACCCAAAACUCACCUUUUGGCUGAUUUUUGCUCGUCUUAUCAAACCUUCAAAAAAAAAAAGUCCACUUUUUCACAGUCUGCCAGAAUAAAGGGAUGAAGGUUGGGGAUGGACCUGUUGCCGUGGAAACGGACUCCUAUCCCAUCAUUGAGCUGAUGAGCAGAAAACAAACUGGGAGCACUGGACUGUUGUCUAAGAAAAACUUCUCUCAACGGAGCAUCUGACAAACUUUGAAUGUUUCUGGAGGGGUUUUGUGUAUCUGUGUGGAGUUAUAACUGAAUCAGAGACAUGUCUGGGACCAAACCACCCCGUCAGGAGCAUCCGGACUCUGAUCCAGAUGACACAUCAGAGGAGCUGACAGAGGUGGUGUGUCUGGAGUCAGACCUGCAGGAUGGACAGAUGAUGGAGGUUGAAGUGGGACACCACAGUGUGCUGUUGGCACGCAGCGAGGGCAAAUACAGUGCCAUUGGUAACCAGUGUACACACUAUGGAGCUCCACUUAGUAAAGGGGUUCUUUCAGGCCACACAGUGCGCUGCCCGUGGCAUGGCGCCUGUUUCAAUGUCCAUACAGGAGAUCUGGAGGAAUACCCCGGCAUGGACUGUUUACCCUGCCAUAAGGUCAAAAUUCAAAACAGCAAAGUGUACGUGUCUGUAAAUAAAAAGACCCUCAGGCAGGAGAAGAGAGUGAAGAGUAUGGGAGGUGCAGUACCAGGAGUAACUCAUACUGUUCUGCUGCUGGGAGGAGGAGCUGCGUCGUUGAUCUGUGCUGAAACUCUGCGGCAGGAGAACUUUGGCGGCAGAAUCCUCAUGGUCAGCAGAGAUGACCUUUUACCUUACGACAAAACACGACUCAGCAAGGUGAUGAAUGUGGAGAGCGACACUAUCCUGCUGAGGAGGAUGGAGUUUUACCAUAAGCACGACAUCGAGGUGUGGCUCAGAAAAGAAGCGAUGUCAGUGGACACAGACAAGAAGACAGUCACAUUUGAUGAUGGUUCAGUCCAGAGCUACGACCAGCUCCUCAUCUCAACAGGCUGCAGAGCGAAGGGUCUUGAUGUACCCGGCAUGAAGCUGGGCAACGUCAAGAUGUUGGAGACACCAGAGGACGCUCGGCAAAUCCACACAGCCUGUCUGGGCUGCAACGUCGUCCUCGUGGGAACCUCUUUUGUCGGUAUGGAAGUCGCAUCAUAUUUGAUAGGCAAAGCCUCCAGUAUCACGGUGAUCGGCAGCAGUCAGAUGCCGUACCAGAACACACUGGGUCGUGAAAUUGGCAAAAUCACCAUGAUGAUGCUGUCAGAGAAAAAUGUGAAAUUCUUCAUGAAUGAUAACGUGACGGAGGUCAAAGGUGUGGAUGGCAAGGUGAAGGAGGUUGUGCUUAAAAGUGGAAAAGUCAUCCCAGCCGAUGUCUUGAUUGUUGGUAUUGGCAUCAGACCAAACUCAGAGUUCCUGCAGGGCAGCAAAAUACAGAUGGACUCGAAAAACUUUGUAAUAGUCGACAAGUACAUGCGCACCAACAUCCCCGAUGUGUUCUGUGGGGGCGACCUGGCCACCUUCCCCCUGAUGAUGGCCAAAAACCAGCUAGUCAACAUAGGACACUGGCAGAUGGCACAAGCACAUGGGAGGAUAGCGGCUCUAAACAUGCUGGAUAAAAAGACUGAACUCAGCUCAGUUCCUUUCUACUGGACCGUCCUACUGAAUAAAACCAUUCGAUAUGCAGGCUAUGGGGAGGGAUACACUGAUCUUGUAAUGAAAGGAAAGGUUGAGGACAGGAAGUUCCUGGCAUUGUACAUCAAGGAUGAUGAGGUCAUAGCAGCAGCGAGCCUAAACUAUGACCCAGCAGUGUCUGCAGUAGCUGAGCGGCUUGCAACAGGAAAAAUCAUCACGAAGAAAGAGGCUGAAUCAGAUGACCUGAGCUGGCUGCAGUUGUCCCAAUCUACACUUUCUCCCACUCUCACACUAAACACGCCAUCUGCACAAUGUUGACAUGUAGCCAGAAUCUCAUUCAUCUGUCUCCUCGUCACCACCGCUCUCACCAAGAAGAGUUUGGAGACCUGGAUUAACAAGUUUGACUCAGAAGAGACAGACCUAACAUGAACCACAGUGAAGUUUAUAUUAACAGUGUUGAAGUAUUGGGUUUAAACUGUGCGUCACACACUCAGUGUUCAGGUGAGGGGGACUCCACCAUGCAAACAACAGAUACCUCAGACGGAUGCAGCUUUCGAGACUUCUUUUAUAAUUUUAAUAUUUUUUAUUAUUUCUUUAGAGUUUUUUCAUGGUUUUAUGUCUCCAGGGCUAUUUCAGUGACAGUCCAGAGACAUCAUACUCACGAUGCCUCAGUAUGUUCUCUGCUGUUGAUCUUUAAAAGGCGGUGUACGAUACCUUUUACUUGGAUGGGGCUGCUGGAAAAACACAAGUGCCCUUAAUGCCCGCUGCAGCCAUGUGCGUGGUCCGGUCAGUGAGUCGGAGGGGGGAUUAUGAGAACAGAGGGGGAGUGCUCAGCUCUUUGAAGCAGAGAUGCUGAAAUAGGCAAUGGUAACAAAACACCCCAACAGGGAACAAUAGGCCUCCGACAAACAGCACACAAAUGCAGUGUGACAAAACCUGCACAAAAGAAGUGCUGGGUUUUUCUCUCUCCCCCCUCUGUCUCUCUGCUGGUUUAUCACUGUCUUUACUUCACAUCUCCUCAUUUACUUUUAGCUUCACUCUCCCUUCCUGUCAGUAUGGCUACAUACAGUUCACUGCAUCCAGGAUUCAACUGGUGCAGACUCUUCAAAGCUAGUGCCAGAUAAUUUAGGACUGAAGGUGCCAAUAACUUCUAUAUUGUACUAAUGUUGUAUGUAAUUUUAUUUUUUUUUCUUCAUUUUUUUAACAGUAUUUAGAUCAUGAUCAGAAUAUCAAUAUGCCUCUGGAUAUAAUACAUUUGCUGGAUAAUGAAUUGAAAAAUUGUUACUAGAAAAACAUAACCAGACAAGAAACUUUAUUCUCUUUUUCUUUUCUUUUUUUGGGUGAACAGAGCACAUUUUUAGGCUACCUGAUGUAGUCCUGUCGCCAGAAGAUGAUGUUGGCAUUAUACAUUUCUGCAAACCAUGGACAGUGUGAAAAUUAUGCAAAGUUUAGAGAGUCAUCACUUCAUUUUCAGUUGCGUUUUAGCCACCAAACAUGGGUGUUUUUGAGUGAUCUGUCACUGUGUUUCCACCUGGUACUGUGCAAUGAAAAGUGGUUGUUAUCUACCAAGACAUCGCUGCGUUUCCUGCCAGGACAGUGACAACAGAGACACAAAAACCGGUAAUUUUUUACCAAGACAUAUCUGUUUUUUCAGUAAGGAUUGUGCCACCAAGAGCAAAUAUUUUAAGCCAAAACAUGAUCUUUUCCUUACCAAGUGGUUUUUGUGCCUAAUACUAACCACACAUUAACCACUGUGUCGUUGAAACGUACAGAAUGUAGUGUUUCAACGUAUCCUCUACAUCAGUGGUUUCCAACUGGUCCAGCCUCAGGGUCCAGAUUUCUCCUUAGUCAUUAGUUCAAGGUCCACACAGUUUAACACAUUCAGCAUCAUACUUGUGUUUGGCCAUGUGGUCAAGCUAGUUUGCUGUCUCUGUGAAGUAGCUGUCCGUUAGUAACUCACUCUACAGCAAGAGACAGCAUUUCAAAAUAAAAACUCUGUGCUGGAAAUUCACUGUACUUCAAAAUAAAGUGUGUUUUUAAUGGACCCACUUUUGGACCAUGACCCACCAGUUAGGAAGCACUGCUCUACAUAAUAACUUACAAAUGUAACAUAUCCGUGGUUUGCCAACAUUUAUUCCACCAACUGGGCUGCAUCGACAUAUACAGAUCUGUCAACACAAUUAUGAUGAAACAAGAAGCUAAUUGUAAAAUAUUUUCCAUCUUUCUGCUCGUCUCAUCGGCAGAAGGCAACACUGACUGUCCUGAUAUUCCUGCAACCUCACAUCUCUCUGAGAACUGCAUUUACAGCAUCAUACUGUCAAGUAUCAGCUUAAAAUGUUAAUGUAUCUACCAGGAACAGCUUUAUAUUGUUACAGUGAGUAAUUUAGCAUAUUACGUAUUCUUGAGGUAAGACAGAAAAUAUCAGCUUUGUUAUCCUGAGGAUUUCAAGUUAAGACGUUCUCUGCCUCUGAGUUAUAAUGCUGAAUAUCAGUCCUCUUACUUUGUUAUCAAUGCAAAGUGAACCCUGAUGCCCAGGGAGAAAUAACAGGGAUGUAUUUGUCAUUUGAACUUUUUUGUCUUGUGUUUCACUUUGUUCAAGCAUAUUAAAAAAUCUCAGGCACAACAGAUCUGUGUGUUUUUGCACUCAUUGCCUUGUCAGUAGUGGAGCGUCUGAUUCACUCAGGGAAGAUGCGACUUUUCUGCCACCCAUUGUCCAACAGAGGAAGUGUUUCUAAGAUCUUUUUUAAAAGGUAUCUUUUUAAAGUAUCCUUCAAUUCAGGACUUGGAGCAUUAGCAGGAUGUCUGCAGUUAUCAGUAAUUUGAAUUGCUUGAAAUGCUUUUUAAAGAUCUAUUGAAUCAAAUUUAAGACUGAUUUUUGGACAAUUAAGCCUUUUCUUAUUCAAGGAUUGCAGAUGGGUAUAAAGGUAAGUAGUAGCCUAUAUAUGUAGUGCUGUGCAGAGGUAGGUUUUAAUGGUUAUUAAACUAAGUAAGAUUAAUCUACAUUUUGCUAACAGAUAAAUGAAGGUAUAACGUAAAAAACAAUAUUAAGUUCAGUGGUGAGUUUAAAGAUUUGUUACAUCAGAAAUGUGGACUUUCACACACAACAGCUUGAUUCGUUUCAAGACAAAAAAUUUCAAACACGGGUAAAUUAAAUUAGAUAAAAAAUAUGUGGCCUCACAAUUGAAAUUUAAGACUAUUCAGUGACAUGACUUUUUGAGGAUCCCCAGACAGCCUGACUGGAUCACCAGUACAGCAGGUCAGACAAUAUUCUUUACAAUUUGAGCUUUUGAACACAUUAAAUUAGACAGUGUGACUGCAUAUUAGCAUUAUGUUUAUAGUCACACACAAUUCUAAUUUAACAACUCCACAACUGCUCUGGAAAAUGGCUUUCUGGGUAUUUUUUUUUAAAUGAAGAAAAAAGAAAAGAAAAGGAUAAGAGAACUGCUAACAUGCUUUUUAAAAUUUCUCAGUUGUGGGAAUAAAAAAAGUGUCAUAUGUCCUCCAUCCAUUUAUCCCUCCUCCACAUCACUGACCUGUGGACACGCAGAUGUCAGGGGGGUUUAGUGGUAUUAUCCUGAUUGGGUUUCAGUCCUGAAAGAUUACAUAAUUUAGAGGCACAAGAUAAAUGGUGCAAAUCCUCUAUUAAGUUUUUAACAGGCCCACUGACCAGGAGCAGGUCCUGUCCUCGUCCACUAACAGUUGUGACACUGUGGGUACGUGUUAGUUUUGUACCUGAUAGAAAAAGCAUUUCUGUCUGGUGCAUUGAAGGUCAUUGAAUUGGCAACAUGCUCAGUUUCCCUUUGGUCCAAUGUCUUUCCGGCACCCAAAGAUCGUCACUCUGUGGCUAAAUCUAUUUUAAACUGUAAACAAAUAAAGCCUGAGAUGACUAACAGCACGAGGCGUUCACUGGCUUCUUAAUUCAGUCUGUGCUCAUAUGCAGUAUUG